CUCCUUUCUUUUUGGGUGUCUUUUGAUCUUCAUCAUGGUGAGGCCUCCGUGUUGUGAUAAGCUAAGUAUGAGGAAAGGCUCAUGGAAUGAAGAAGAUGAUGCACAAAUGCUCGCCUUUGUAUCCAAACAACCAACAACUAAUUGGCAAGCAGGGGCUCCCAAGAAACCAGGUUUAAGAAAGUGUGGAAAGAGUUGUAGGUUAAGGAAAACAAAUGUUGCAACGAAUGAUCAUAUCAGGCAUCAAAGCUUUACACAACAAGAAGAGGAGUUGAUCAUCAAGCUUCAUUCCGCCAUUGGUAGCAGAUGGCCUAUAAUAGCACAACAACUCCCAGGAAGAACAGAUAAUGAUGUGAAGAACUACUGGAACACCAAACUAAAGAAGAAGCUAUCAGCAAUGGGGAUUGAUCCAGUCACUCACAGGCCUUUCUCUCAAAUGCUUGCUGACUAUGGCAGCAUCAGUGGACUCACAAGAAACCAAACCAGAAUGGGUUCACUCAAUCGAGACAACAACAACAACAACAACACAUUCUUCAUCACGAAUCAAGAAAAUCAUGUAUUCCAACAAUCCCCAACAGAAUCAUUUUUCCCUAAUUUCAACAACAGCAACAACGUCAAAAUGGAACCACCGGAAGUUGUAAUCAAAUCCGAUUCACUCGAUCUUCUAACUCAGCUUCAAGCCAUCACACAUGUCAAAGACUCUUCAACCAACCAUGGAAUCGGAAUCUCUCUGACGCAAUUCCAUGUCUCGGUGGCGUCAUCAUCGUCGUCGUCUUCAAGUACCUGUUCGACUUUGAAUGAAAUGACGACCCCACAACAGACGUUUAACUGGCGCGACUUUCUGAUCGAGAAUGGGCAAGAUGGAGAUGAGAAAUUGAACUUGGAAGCCAUGGGAGGGGUUGAGGUGGUUAAGUGUAAUACGCCAUUGUUGAUGAAUGGUGUUAAAGAAAGUAUAGAAGAAGGUUGUGAUGGAUCGUUUGUGGAGGCGAUGCUGGAUGGAUCGGAAAACGAUAUGCUGUUGGACUUUCCGGGGCUUUUGGGUGAACCAUCUUAUUGAUUUGACUUUUAAUUUGACUUUUCAAGUUUUAGAAUAAUGGCUUGUUCCAGCGUCCGUGUAGGAAGAAACAAUGAGUUUGAAUAUGGUUUACUAGUAAGAUGUAUUUGAUUGGAAGUUUAAGGUGAACUUAGGAUAAGCUCCCAACCCAGAAACCCGGUUGAAAAUCGGAACCGGUAUAAACUUAAAGUGGGCCGGGUAUCGUAUAUUAAUAUAAGCCUAAAGGCUAAAACAGGUAUUGGGUAUACUGGGUUGGG